UCCUAUACUUUGCCCAGUCGGUUCGCUUUCUGUUCCUGUAUGCUGUUAAAGGAGCAGGAUUAAAAUUGAGAUUGAAACUAAUGUAUAAAUUUUUGACGAUGAGUCCAGCUCACCGACAGAAAUACUCUUCGUAUUCUAGAGACUCGCUUUAUCAAGUCUUAACGAUAAGCAGGACUUAUCGUGAGAAGCGUAUCUGCGUAGAGAGGCUGACAGCGUAUUCCUAUACUUUGCCCAGUCGGUUCGCUUUCUGUUCCUGUAUGCUGUUAAAGGAGCAGGAUCAAAAUUGAGAUUGAAACUAAUGUAGAGGUGGUCAGAAAAAGAGUGUUCCUUGGACACCUGCCAGUCCCUUAUCCGAUCGGACAAACGCUCGACACAAGGGUGAUGUCCAGCACUUAGCUUCUAACAGAGGUCACAAAGGUGGCAUCGGCCCCACGGUUACAUACAGUAAGAUUAUAUAAAAGAAUAAAUGCCCCUAUUAUGAUUCACAAUGAUAGUUUAGUUGUAGUUGUCGAUUUCGUAUUACGAUUUACAACUCAACUCAACUUUCAAUCAGCUGUUCACUUAGUUGUCUUCGUUAAGUUGUUACCAGUAUUAUGGUUCAUAACCAAAUUAAAGUUUAGUUGUAUGAGCUGUCAAAGUGCGACAACUACUUUUUAUCAGUUGUGUUCUUGUUAGCAAGCGGUAAAAUGGAAAAAACAUUGAAAAUAUCAAACAAGCAACAAAUUGACAGCCUUGUCGAUUUAGUCGAAAAACAUCCCGACAUUGGAAGAGGGAAAGGCCAAUACGGAUCUAGUCGCCAAGAAACAAAAGAUACUUGGGUGCAGUUUGCAGUCGAGCUGAAUAGCCUUGGACCACCAUCAAGAACAGGUCCAGAAUGGCAACGGGUAUCGAUUCAUUAUAAAGCCAACCUGAAACGAAAGUUGGCGAAAAAUAAAGAAAACUUCCUGGCGACCCAAGAAGCCAAUUUGACUGCUAGUGAAGAAAGGGUGUGUGAGCUUACUCAAGUUAACUUAUCAAUUAAUCCCCCUGGGAGAGCGUUCGGGUUAGCUGUUGAUUUGACCGCAGAAGAAAAUGUAACUCCUCCAGCUACUGAUUCGCCGGUAGUAAUUGAAAAUGCCGUGCCAAACGAGACCCAAACGACUGAAGGCAAGCGAAGCCGAAAUUCAAUUACUCGAAGGGCAGGCAGGAACACAAACUCAGAUUCUGCGAACCCUCAAAAAAAUAGAAAGCACGCAGCAUAAAGUGUACCAGCUAAAGAAAGAAGAAGUGAAGUUGUUAAAGGAACGUGGAAAAGAAGCAAGUGUCCUUAGGAAGCUAAAGAUAGAAAUAGCUAAAGAAAAACUGAAAAGACUGAAGAAUUGAAUAUGGGUGAUAUCUAGCAUAUAUUAAGAAAUGGAAUUUUUUAUAGAAUGAAUUAUUAUGUUUUUUAAUGAAUUUAUUUUUUUUUUUCAAUGUAAAUAACCCUUUUUAUCACUUAAGAAACCAAGUUGAUUUUAUUAGUUACAUAAGUACCUCUUUACUUGAAAAAUGAAUUAUUUGUUACUUUUUGUGAAAUGAAUUAAUUUAUUAAUUUAAAAUGAAAUACAUGUGAGAUUUAUUGCAAUGAACGCAUUAUGUUGUUCCUUAUUCUUUCUCCUUCGACAUUCGAUGCGGAAUUAUUUUCCUCAGGUGUGGAUUCUUGUUGGUUAUCUGUGCUCAAAAUGGUAUCGGGAAAUUGAACUUUGAAAUGCUGUGAAAUGUUGUGUAAAGCA